CUCAGCCAGGACGGCCCGAGUGGGGGUGGGGCGGGACGCUCCCCUCCCCCGCCGCGGCGGCGUCUGACGUCCCGCGCAUCUGAGGCCGCGGAGCAGCGCGGGGAGCCCGGGGUGUGAAGAGAAAAAAAUGACACUCCAAUGGACGGCAGUUGCAACCUUUCUUUAUGCUGAAAUAGGACUCAUGUUAAUCUUCUGUCUACCUUUUAUUCCUCCUCAGAGAUGGCAGAAGAUUUUUUCAUUUAGUGUCUGGGGUAAAAUUGCAACUUUUUGGAACAAGGCUUUCCUUACCAUUAUAGUCCUAUUGAUUGUUCUGUUUCUAGAUGCUGUGAGAGAAGUAAGGAAAUACUCCUAUACUCAUACCAUUGAGAAGAGCUCAACCAGCAGACAUGAUGCCCAUGAACAUACACAGAUGAAACUUUUUAGGUCCCAAAGAAAUCUUUACAUUUCUGGAUUUUCAUUAUUUUUCUGGCUAGUGUUGAGACGUCUGGUUACGCUUAUUACUCAGCUGGCGAAAGAACUGUCAAACAAAGGAGCGCUUAAAUCUCAAGCAGAAAAUACUAACAAGGCUGCCAAAAGAUUUAUGGAAGAGAAUGAAAAACUAAAAUGGAUCUUGAAAAGCUAUGGAAAGGAUGAUGAUCACAUUUUGGAAGCAGAAAAUAAAAAACUAAUAGAAGAGCAGGAAAAACUGAAAACUGAAUUAAAAAAGACUUCAAAUGCCCUUUCUAAGGCACAAAAUGAUGUGAUGACAAUGAAGGUGCAAUCAGAGAGACUUUCACAAGAAUAUGAUCUGCUCCUGAAAGAACACUCAGAGCUUCAGAGUCGUUUAGGAAAAGACAAUAAGAAAGGCCUGUAAACUUUAUGAAAGAAGACCAUAAUACACCGUGUCAAGAUGAUAAAUUUGUUAUCAUGUUAACCUCUAGGAAAUUUAAAAUUCAGUUCAUAAAAUGCACUUCAACUGGCCAGCAAUUUUUUUAACUCCACAUAUAAGCUGUAUCAUAAUGGCAUUAUCAAAAUAUUUGAUGAUAUCUCAAGCAUAUUAUAAAGUCUGUAUUCCAGCUCUUAAGAAAAAUAUAAGCAUGUUAACUAUCAUAUUUACAUAUUGACAGUAAUAUUGGAGUAUGGUGGCUAUUUACCAAUAAAAGGAAAAUUCAUUAGCCAGUUACUUCCAAAAUUAGAUUUUUUAAGCUGCAUGAAACCAUUAAUAGCCUUAAAAGCUUUGAUGAGUUCUUAAUAAUAAUCUAUUUAAUCAGAUGAUGAUGUGUUUGAAAAUACUUGUCAGUAUCAGCAAAUUUGUUCAAAGGAAGAUUAAAUAAGGAUAAAUGAUAAGAAUUAGUCAUUAUAUUUAUAGAGAACAAUUUUGGAACAUAUAAUGAAAGCAGUGACCUUAGUUUUUUUUUUUGGCCCAAUGUUAUAGUUUACUCUUAUAAAAUAGCUAUAUUGAUAAUUAUAUUUUUGUUAUUGUGUUUCCGCACUUGUUGGAUUAAUCAUUUUUUAUUGACAUUUGUGUUAAUAACACAUAAUUAGUAAGCACUCUACAUUUUCAGGUUGAGCUAGUAAUAGAGCUUAUAUCUAUUUGCCUAAUUGACAUAGCACUAAACUCAACUUAUUUUACAAUAAUGUGGAAUUCUUAACUUUAAAAGUUAAUGUAUUACAUAACCAAAAAGCAGUGUUUUCCAUGUUUGUUAAAGUUAGUAAUUAUACAAAUAUUACCUCAAAUAUACAUAAUGCUGGUGGCACACAAUUUCACUGAGAUGUUUCUAUAUUCUGAAAACUAAAUAUUAAAUACUAUUUUUACUAUUUUUCCAUUCAAAUAUUCAUUUAGAGUUUUGUUUAGAAGAUGGUAAGGAUUGUGAUAUUAACAUGAUUAAGGUUGUUCCAGUGUUUAGACAUGAAAAUCAUCUUCCUUGUCUCACUAAGACCUAAAUAUAAAAGAAAAUGGAAAAUAAUUACUGGAGUUUUUA